AUGACGACCUCAUCCUUCCCGCCGUGGAAAGCUCUGCCACCCGAACUGCUACAUCGCAUCUUGUUAAGCGUUGCCGUCACCUCGCCGAAAGACCUCCUCAACUGCCGUCUAUUAUGCAAGCUAUGGAGCCGAUCAGCAUUCAGCGCGAGAGACCUGCUUUUCGUCAAGUACAACUUCCAAAUAGCCGACGACAUGAUACGGGGAGGAAAACAGCUACGCAUCGCCUUCUUGAUUUCCGAGUUUGGGUUUCUUCGCGAAAUGGAACGACGUCGUCUUGACUGCUCGGACGUGCCUCAGCCGGCCUUCGAACAUGCACCAAAGGACGAGGCUCAGUGGCUCAAACUUACUGCGGACCUCGACUUUCUUGUCAAGGAGCCCCCAUUUCAUCUGCACGUACCAGGAUUGCCCAACGGACCAGAUGAAGUGGGCGUCACCUGGAUAUGGCACAUCCUUUCUCGCUACCACGACCCUGACAUCAGCUGGGACGAUCGAGGCUCAGAGUCAAGCUUCGACUCAGACUACCAAGACAAACACGAGCUAUUUGUAGACGAGGAGCGUGAGCGGAGGGGCAAGGAACUCUACCAGGCGCUCAAGCGCGAGGACUUUGCAGAGCUGAUUACGAUUCAAAUGGGACGAGGAGAGACGGGAGAUAACUUUGCGGAUUAUGAGGAACAUGGGGGAUGGAUGGGCGAAUUCUGCUGGUUCGCACUGUGUAGAAGGCGCGAGCCGGGCCGGAAUGUGCUGGGAUGGUUGAUGUUUGUGACAUGAGAAUUGAGGGAAUUGGGGUGUCCGCAGGCGGGUGGAGGGCGUUUACGCGUCGAAGUCCUUGUUUUUGCCUUCCUUUUCAACCUAUACCUACAGUAUUUUGCAUCUACGGGCGUGAGGUUCGAAAGAAUUGAAACUUGCCGGGGCCAUUGUGUGUGGGGUUCACUCCUGUAUUCAUGCUCUCUGCGCAUCUCAAAUACGGCGAACCCUUGGCAGCCUCUCUCGGUUUGCCAACGACGAGAAUGGCCCGUCGGACGGCGCCGCGACUGAAGCUUCUCGAUGUUGGUGAAGGGUGUUUACCACGUAGCC